CCCAGAGCACUUUCUAGUUUCUUCCCCAGGGAGGGAGGGAGGGAGGGAGGAGAGGGUGGUUGUGGUUUUGACCAUGAGGAGAAAAGAGUGGAUCAUUCAUGGCCUUUUGAUCUUCGGAUGCUAUAUGGCCUGUGCACUGGGGGCAUCAGUCCAGCAGAAGGCUGAAUCUGUCACACCAAUCUCAACCUUCUCCCCUCCAGAGGGCAACACAACAUUCAUCGAUGGCACCACAUGGUGUGUGGCCCAGCCGGGAGUCUCCCAGGAGGACCUUCAGAAUGCACUUGAUUGGGCCUGUGGACUGGGUGCAGCUGAUUGCUCUGCGGUCCAACCCGACGGCCCCUGCUACCAACCUGACACCCUGCUCUCCCAUGCCUCCUAUGCCUUCAAUAGCUAUUACCAGCAGAAUGGCAACUCCGACAUUGCCUGCAACUUUGGUGGCACUGCAGCCAUCACAACAAGAAAUCCGAGUUAUGGAUCCUGCGUGUAUCUUACUUCGGAGCCUACUUCUGCUUCGACGCCGCCUCUCGCAAGGAGUUUUACAUUGCAGGGUUUGAUAAUUUUUGAUUUUCUUGUGCUUAAUCGCUGGUCAUUGAUGAUGCAUAAUUGGAAGGGAUGUGGGAUCGGUGUACAUUGCUAGUUUCAUGAAAUGGAUGGCAGAAUUCAUCUGUUUUGAUGGACCUGUUCUUGAUAGAUGGUGGUGGUAAUUGUUUAUAAUUUAUAUAAAUUUUGAGAUUUUAUGAGAAUUUUA